GGCAAAAAGUUUACAAGAAACACCUAGAAAAAAGUUUCUAAAAAUGCCUAGUACUCAACAGAAAAAAAAUGGAAAGUAGCCGGAGGUCUAAAUCAGCUAAGGCAGGUCCAAAAUUGGAGAGGAAGUAUGUGGAGAAACAUAGAAGGAUUUAUAUGCAGUAUCUCAUUAACCAGCUAUAUUCCAUGCUCCCUGCUCAGGCCUCUACGUCUAAGGACACAGUGGCAGUGACUGAUCAAGUACAUGCAGCAGAGAAGUACAUAGCUAGCUUAGAUAAGAAAUUGGAGAAGAAGAAGAAGCACUUGGAACAAUUGAAAAUGGGCACAAAGAUAACUAAGUCACCCCCUCAGAUCGAAUUCCAUGAAAUGGGCCCAAACAUGGUCGUGGUUCUGAUAACUGGCCUUGAUAGUUUAGCCACUUUUAAUAACAUCAUUCGAUUAUGCCAUAAGGAAGUUAAUUUUCGGCACUUGAAAAUUUAUUGCGAACAAAUUUUGGCACGACCAAAGGGGACCAGUUAUGCUCUUCAUCUCUUUCUUUUGCAAAUCAAAACUGCAAAUUCAACUACUGCAAUGGCCUUCAGAAAUUUGAACGACGUUCCAUGCAAAAACGCUAUUGUUGCCGCAUCUGCUAAUCUCAGUUAUGUUGGCCCAAUUACUCAAUGCAAGUUUAAGACAAGCGGUUUGCAUGGGUCCGAAUACUUCACCUAG